CCCGAGUUACCCUUCAUUAUAUAGGCAACAUCGCAGUUUGAGUAACAGCAGCAGUUCGAUAGCUGAAUCGAAAACAUCUCCACUGAACACAAUUUCUUUGCAGUUGGGGUGAAUAUCGAAUCGUCAUGGCUGGCAACACGUUGAACGAGCUCAAAGCAAAUUUACACGAAGCGUUCCAGAGCGACCCGGUGGACAUGGAUCACGUCAAGGAUCUCAUGGAACGCUACAGUAGCAAUCCGGCUGAUUGGGGGCAAUUCGCUAUAUUUGAUAGCACCCAUUACACCCGAAUUUUGGUGGACGAAGGUAAUGGCAAAUUCAAUGUGAUACUCCUCUGCUGGGGACCGGGUCAAGGUUCGCCCAUUCACGAUCACGCCGACGCUCAUUGCUUCAUGAAAAUGCUGGAUGGCGAGCUGAAAGAAGUCCGCUUCGACUGGCCCUCCGGUAGCAACGCACAAGAAUUGCACGAAACGAGUUCUACGGUGCUGAAAGUGAAUGAAGUUAGCUACAUUAAUGAUUCAAUCGGAUUGCAUCAAGUGGGAAAUACAAGUGACAAAGGGGCAGUUUCGUUGCACUUGUACAGCCCACCUUACAGCAAAUGUCACACGUUCAAGCCUCAGACGGGCGAAAAGUCUGAGGCCAACAUUACGUUCUGGAGCAAGGUUGGCGAGCGCGUCGUUCCACCAACGACGACUCAUCAAUCGUGUUGGAGCCCGGCGGCGACCAACUGCGACGGCUGCAAAUAGGAAUCAUUACGUAAGAGAAGAACGCGCCGUCAACACCCAGCAUCAGUUGAAACUAACGAGUGACCUUUUACUACUACAAUUUUUAAUUUGUGGACCAAGCCUUUAUCAUAAAAAAGAAAUUUUUAGUAGCUAUUAGUGAAUCGAAACCAUUUGAUUGUUAUCCUUUUUUUUGUCUUACAAUCAAUGAUUUUCUUUUAUUUUAAAAUUUGCUGGUGUUUGUCAUGGUGUUUUUAGCGUGGCGAAAAAUUGCGGGUGUUGGGCAAUGGACAGGCGCAAUAAAAGUAGAACAAAUUAAAAUAAACGACCCUUGAAAAAAAAAUACUUCACUUUUUCUUACGCUAAAAAAUUGGAUUGGACACGUUCAAGGUGAAAUAUACAGUCUAAUCCGUUGUU